UCGAACGAGCAAUAUAUAUAUAAUCUUCAGUGAGAAAAGCCUCAGAACCACACCCUCGAGAGCCCGAGCUGGAGAAGAAGAGAAGAAAAGGCGGCCACGGAAUCGUCGGCCGCCGCCACCUCCGCCGCCGGCGCAGAGCUCCGCCGGUAUCGGCCAGGUGGCUCUUCUCCUCUCUCGGAAUCGAAGGCGAGCGCGCGCUUUAAUUUCUUCAUCUCCCUCCAUCUUCUUCAUUGGCGGCGGCGGCGGCGGUUUUGCGGCGGCGCGUGCAGGCCAGCAAGAACGAAGCUAAGGACAGGGAACAGUGACUGCUUGUUGAACUAAGCUACAACAAUCAUGGGCCUCCUGGAGCUCUUUAUUACAGCAUGUGUGCCGGUUCUGAACAUGCUUCUGGUUACUGGUGUUGGAUCAUUCCUGGCAACUGAUUUUGUUGGCAUACUGAACAAAGAUGCACGGAAAUAUCUAAACAAUAUAGUAUUUUAUGUAUUUAAUCCAUCUCUUGUUGCGACCUAUUUAGCACAAACAAUCACAUUGGAAGGCUUGGCUAAAUUGUGGUUCAUGCCUGUGAAUAUUCUUCUUGCUUGUACCUUUGGGUUAAUCCUUGGAUGGAUCGUGGUACAUGUCACCAGAGCACCGGCUAGGCUAAGAGGCCUCAUUUUGGGUUGCUGUUCUGCUGGCAAUUGGGGCAAUAUUUUUCUCAUCAUCAUUCCUGCUCUUUGCAAAGAGAAAGGAAGCCCGUUUGGAGCACCUGAUGUUUGUCACACUUAUGGAUUAGCGUAUUCUUCACUCUCAAUGGCUCUUGGUGCUGUCUUUCUGUGGACUGUCGCGUAUAACAUUAUGCGAGCCACUUCAAAAGUGGCUGAUGAAGGUAAUGCUCGAACAAAUGAUACAAAAGUAUCCAAUUCAGGGAGCAGUACAGGAACAGCGUCAGAAGAGAAUUUAUCAAUCCCAAACGAUAACAAUCAAUGCACACUCCCUUUGAUAUCCAAUUCAAGUGUACCUUCAAGCAAAACUAAGGUCACAUUGUCAGAGAGAGCGAAGCGAUUUGUAUCAUCAAUGUUCGGAGCAAUUGACUUCAAGAAGAUCUUUGCUCCUUCAACCAUUGCUGUGAUUAUUGGGUUUAUAAUUGGAGGAACGCCUCUAAUUAGAAAUGCUAUUAUCGGAGAAAACGCUCCUCUUCGUGUCAUUCAUGAGUCAGCUGAUCUAAUAGGUGGAGGAGCAAUUCCAUCUGUCACACUGAUAAUGGGAGGGAACCUCCUCAAUGGAUUACGAGGAGAAGCAAGCGUCCAGCCUUCAGUGAUAGCGAGCGUAAUCGUCGUCAGAUACAUUCUUCUCCCUUCGCUAGGCACCUUGCUCGUCAAAUCGGCGGUUCACCUGGGCCUCAUCCACCCUGAUCCCCUCUACCAGUUCAUCCUAUUGCUUCAGUACGCCGUGCCGCCGGCGAUGAACAUUGGGACCAUCACGCAGCUGUUCGGCGUGGGGGAGAGCGAGUGCUCCGUCAUCUUCGUGUGGGUGUACGCCCUCGCCUCCGUCGCGGUGACGGUGUGGUCGGCGUUCUUCAUGUGGACGCUGUCGUGAUAGAUCGAUCGAUCGAUCGGACGCCGCGUGCCGGCGUGAGGAGGUUUCAGGGGGUUCAGAGACGACGACGGCGAGACGUACGGUGCGUUCCUCCGGCGAGACAGGAUGAAGCGACCGGGCAAGAUGACGCCGGCGAGAGGGCGGCGCGGCUGCUGCUGCAUCGCAUUUGCGUCGCUGGAGAAGAUGCAACGCGACAUCUAGCUAAGGCAAUUCAUGGCGUUCGUGUUCGUUGUCUCAUUCCGAGCAAAUAAUGUUGUGAUUUGUAUUACUAUCUGUAAUUCGGCGUGUGUGUUUGCCGCCACAUUUUGGCUAAAUUAAUCGAUAUUUGGGCCGGGCCGGGAUGGCCCAGGAUCCAGCGAGAAACGGUUAUCCGCUAA